AUGUUGGAGGCACGACUCGAACAAGCUAGCAUCCUCAAGAAGGUCGUGGACGCCAUCAAGGACCUCGUGCAGGACUGCAACUUUGACUGCAAUGACUCUGGAAUCGCGCUGCAGGCCAUGGACAACUCGCAUGUGGCGCUGGUGUCCAUGAUGCUCAAGGCCGAGGGCUUCUCGCCGUUCCGGUGCGACCGCAACAUCGCGCUGGGCGUGAACCUGACGUCGCUCACCAAGGUGCUGCGCGCGGCGCAGAACGAGGACAUCCUGACUCUCAAGGCCGAGGACACGCCCGACGUGCUCAACCUCGUCUUCGAGAGCAGCGAGAACGACCGCAUGAGCGAGUACGACCUCAAGCUCAUGGAUAUUGACCAGGAGCACCUGGGCAUCCCCGAGACCGAGUACGCGGCGACCAUCUCGAUGCCGUCGAGCGAGUUCCGGCGCAUCUGCACCGACCUCUCGGCCAUGUCCGAGUCGGUCGGCAUCGAGGCGUCCAAGGACGGCGUCAAGUUCACGUGCAACGGCGACAUCGGCAACGGCUCGGUCACGCUGCGCAGCCACACCAACGUCGAGAAGCCGGACCUCAACGUCGACAUUCAGCUGACGGAGCCCGUGUCGCUGACCUUUUCGCUCAAGUACCUCGUCAACUUUUGCAAGGCCGCGGGUCUGUCCAGCCAGGUCAAGAUUUGCCUGUCGAGCGAGGUCCCGCUGCUCGUCGAGUAUAACCUGUCGGGCAGCAGCUACCUGCGCUUCUACCUGGCCCCCAAGAUUGGUGACGAAGAGUAA